UUUACCCAAAACGUGGAAAGGAGAGGAGAUGAGAGGAUGGGCUUUUUUCCAUGAAAAGGGCCAUGCAAACCUCAUCACUUGAUCCUUUCAAAAAGAACCAACCACCCAAAAUUCAAAAACGUAGCUCAAACCAAAAGCAACAGUUAGAAGAGGAAGUGAGAAAAAAUGGCUAGGCUUGUGGUAUUGCAACAAAGCCAGCCAUCUCUUCAGGGUCCCUGGAUCUCCUCCAAAUCUUCACUCCUCCCUUCCUCACUCUCUGAGUUCAAUGGCACCGGGUUCAAUAUCUCCUUCCAGGGUAGAAGAAAAGCGUGGCAGCAAAAGGGAGGAUUUCAGGUCUCAGCAUCGAGUGCCAAGAAGAUACUAGUGAUGGGUGGAACGAGAUUCAUCGGUGUGUUCUUAAGCAGACUCCUUGUUCAAGAAGGCCACCAGGUGACAUUGUUUACCAGAGGGAAGGCGCCUAUUACUCAACAAUUGCCAGGAGAAUCAGAUGCAGAAUACUCAGAAUUCUCAUCCAAAGUAUUGCAUUUGAAAGGGGAUAGGCAGGAUUUCGAGUUUGUGAAGAAAAGCCUUUCUGCAGAGGGCUACGACGUUGUUUACGACAUAAAUGGGCGUGAAGCUGUUGAGGUAGAACCUAUACUGGAUGCAUUGCCAAAGCUAGAACAGUAUAUAUACUGCUCAUCAGCUGGAGUGUAUCUCAAAUCUGACUUGUUGCCUCACUUUGAGACCGAUGCAGUUGAUCCAAAGAGCAGACACAAAGGAAAGCUCGAGACAGAAAGCUUGUUGAGCUCAAAGGGCGUGAAUUGGACUUCAAUAAGGCCAGUGUAUAUAUAUGGUCCCUUGAACUAUAACCCAGUCGAAGAGUGGUUCUUUCAUCGGUUGAAAGCUGGCCGUCCAAUUCCAGUCCCCAACUCUGGAAAUCAAAUCACCCAACUUGGACAUGUUAAGGAUUUGGCUAAGGCUUUCAUUAAGGUUCUUGGCAAUCCAAAAGCAAGCAAGCAAGUGUUCAACAUCUCUGGAUCAAAAUAUGUCACCUUUGAUGGGUUAGCAAAAGCUUGUGCUAAGGCUGGUGGAUUUCCUGAACCAGAGAUCGUUCAUUAUAAUCCCAAAGAAUUUGAUUUCGGGAAGAAAAAAGCUUUUCCUUUCAGAGAUCAGCAUUUCUUUGCUUCAAUUGAGAAAGCAACAAGGGAACUUGAUUGGGAGCCAGAAUUUGACUUGAUCAGUGGCCUCGCCGACUCGUACAACUUAGAUUUUGGCAGAGGAACUUUCAGAAAGGCAGCAGACUUCUCUACUGAUGACAUGAUCCUCAACAAGUCUCUUGUUAAUGCUUGAUUAAUGUAUCAUUUCGUUGGCUAUGUUUUUUACUUUAACUCUUCAACGGAGGUGUUAUUAUUUGUAUUUGUAUCUUUAUAUCUUGACAAAUAAUUGGUGCAAGGAAAAACUAAAGUUGGGUGUAAGUGCUUUUUUUCACUUUACAUUCUUUUGAAAUAUAUUCGUAGUUUGAGAAAUGUUACAAGGUGAA